AUGGUGGUUUUCAGAAAGGGUGAUCAUGUGUGGCUGGACACUCAACCAAACAGUGAAUUUAAUGUCCCUAUUGGGGCAGUUGUGAAAGACUCUGACUCAGGACGGAUCUUGCUGGAGGAUGACGAAGGCAAGGAACACUGGAUCACGGCUCGGAACAUGCACAUGGUGCGCCUGAUGCACCCCUCCUCUGUCCAGGGGGUGGAAGACAUGAUCCUCCUCGGGGAUCUCCAUGAAGCAGGCAUGGUGCACAAUCUCCUCAUCCGCCACCAGGAGCACAAAAUCUAUACUUACACAGGAUCAAUCUUGGUAGCAGUGAAUCCAUACCAGCUGCUGCCCCUCUACACAGUUGAUCAGAUCAGACUGUACUGUAACAAGAGGAUUGGAGAGCUACCACCUCAUGUCUUCGCCAUCGCAGACAACUGUUAUUUCAAUAUGAGGAGGAAUAAGAGAGACCAGUGCUGUGUGAUCAGUGGAGAAUCUGGAGCUGGGAAGACUGAAAGCACAAAGCUAAUACUACAGUUUUUGGCAGCUGUCAGUGGCCAGCAUUCCUGGAUAGAGCAGCAAAUCCUAGAGGCCAACCCCAUUCUGGAAGCUUUCGGAAAUGCCAAGACGAUUCGAAAUGACAAUUCAAGCCGCUUUGGGAAAUACAUUGAUAUUCACUUCAACCAAAACGGUGUGAUAGAAGGAGCCCGGAUAGAACAGUUUCUUCUGGAGAAGUCCAGGGUUUGCCGGCAGGCUCCAGAGGAGAGGAACUAUCACAUCUUCUACUGCAUGCUAAUGGGGAUGAAUACAGAGCAGAAAAAGAUGCUGAAUCUGGGCACUGCUUCAGAGUACACUUAUCUCACUAUGGGCAACUGCACGUCCUGCGACGGCCGGAAUGACGUGAAGGAUUAUGCCCACAUCCGCUCGGCUAUGAAGAUCCUCAUGUUCUCAGAUUCUGAGCACUGGGACAUCAGCAAGCUGCUGGCUGCGAUCCUGCACCUGGGGAAUGUAGAGUUUGAAGCGGCUGUGUACGACAACUUGGACUGCUCUGAUGUGAUGGACUCACCACACUUUUCAAUUGCAACCAAAUUGCUUGAGGUGGACUCCAGUGAACUCCAGAACAGCCUCACAAACCUCUCCAUCAUUGUCCGAGGAGAAAGUGUGUCCAGGCCUCUGAACAUAGUUCAAGCUGCAGAUGGGAGGGAUGCCUUUGUGAAGGGUAUAUAUGGACGGAUUUUCCUGUGGAUAGUGAACAAGAUCAACUCAGCCAUUUUCAACCCAGCUUCUCAGAAGCCUAAAGACAGAUGUCAGUCCAUUGGGCUGUUGGACAUUUUUGGGUUUGAGAACUUCGGCAACAACAGCUUUGAGCAGCUCUGCAUUAACAUUGCCAAUGAGCACCUUCAACAGUUCUUCGUGCGCCAUGUCUUCAAGCUGGAGCAAGAGGAAUACCUUGCGGAGCACAUUGCCUGGAAUAACAUUGACUUCACGGAUAAUCGCCAGGCUCUGGAAGUCAUCGCACUCAAGCCUAUGAAUAUCAUCUCCCUCAUUGAUGAAGAGAGCAAGUUCCCAAAGGGCACAGAUGCCACCAUGCUCAUCAAAAUCAAUUCCCUCCAUGGAAAAAGUAAAGUCUACAUCCCACCUAAGAGUGACCAUGACACCAAGUUUGGCAUCAACCACUUUGCUGGGGUUGUCUUUUAUGAAUCAAAAGACUUCCUGGAGAAAAAUCGGGACACACUGAGUGCUAAUGUAAUGCAAGUGGUUCAUUCCUCCAAAAACAAAUUCCUGAGAGAGAUUUUCCAGGUGGAAACGACCCUACCUAGUCUGGGACGUGGGACCAUCCGGCAUCUUGGAGCUGACCAGGCCUACAAGGGCUUGGAUACCACCAAACGGCUCUCUACUCUGGGAGGACAGUUCAAGCAAUCCCUGGAAAAACUAAUGAAAAUCCUUGAGCAGUGCCAGCCAUACUUCAUCCGCUGCAUCAAGCCAAAUGACUACAAGAAACCACUGUUGUUUGACCGGGAGCUGUGUAUCAAACAGCUGCGAUAUUCAGGGAUGAUGGAGACCAUUCAGAUCAGGAAAGCUGGUUACCCAAUUCGCUACAGCUUUGAGGAGUUCUUUGAGAGAUACAGAGUUCUCCUGCCAUGGUCUCUUCGAAAAGAGCUGAAGAAUGAUGCUCGACAGAGCUGUAUCAGCAUCUCCGAAGCAGUGCUGGGCAAGGAUGAAAGCUGGCAAGCUGGAAAGACCAAGAUUUUCCUUAAAGAUCAUCAUGAUACAGUAUUGGAGCUGCAACGCCAAAAUAUACUCACAGAUAAGGUUCUUCUUAUCCAGAAGGUGAUGAGAGGAAUGAAGGACAGGAAGCGGUUUCUGAAACAGAGGAAGUCUGCUGUAGCCAUUCAGUCAGCCUGGCGAGGCUAUUGCUGCCGGAAGGAUUUCAGAAUGGUUAUGCUGGGUUUUGGGCGCCUGCAGGCCCUCUACCGGAGCCGGCAGCUUGCUAAACAGUAUGAAGCAACCCGGGCUCAUAUCAUCAGGCUUCAAGCCAUGUGCCGUGGUUAUCUAAUGCGUCAAAAGGUAGCAGAGCAGAAGAAAGCUGUAUGUGUUAUACAGGCAUAUGCAAGGGGCAUGUUUGCUCGCCGAAUCUACCAGAUGAUGAAGAGGGAGGUAUGCUCACAGAUACCUUAGGAGGCAGAAGCAAGACAAAGGAGGAAUGCUCUUGCCAAUAAACCAACAAAUCAUGAUGUUAUCAGUGACCAAGAAAUGGUGGACAAAAUUUUUGGGUUUUUACCUUCUGUGAUCGGAGGCCAAGAAGGACAGGCUCCUCUGGGUUUUGAGGACUUGGAAACAAAGCUUAACAAGCUGGACGAGGUGGACCUGGACAUGGUUCCCAUGAGUGUGGAGCUAGAAGAGGAAGCAGAUGGCUUGGAAGAGUACACCUUCCCAAAGUUUGCAGCUACUUAUUUCCAGGGGCCUUCUACACAUACACAUAUCCGGAGACAGCUGCGGCACCCACUACUCUACCAUGAUGACAAGGACAACGUCCUGGCUUCUCUAGUUGUGUGGGUUAUCAUCCUGAGGUUCAUGGGGGACCUGCCAGAGCCAGCAAUGUUUGCCAAGAAUGCCACCAACAAGAGUGGAUCCGUGAUGACACAGAUAUAUGACACACUUGGCAGGAAAAACCAGGUCCAGUUCAGGAACGACAGCCCAAAUAUGAGAGAAAGCAGAAAGGAUAACAAGAUUUCGAAGGGGAUCUCUUCCCUGAAGCUGAAACGGUCAUCCAAGUUGACAGGGAAGGUGACAGACCAGCUGAGAAGUGGAGAAGAGGCUUUUCAAGAGGACAGCUCGAUCUCUGAGAGACCUAUGUCCAACCUGGAAAAAGUGCACUUCAUUAUUGGCAAUGCAAUUCUGCGUCCUGCCAUCAGAGAUGAGAUUUAUUGCCAGAUUUGCAAACAACUCACUGAAAACAGCAACAGGAGCAGCUAUGCUCGAGGCUGGAUCCUUCUGUCACUUUGCCUUGGUUGCUUUCCUCCUUCAGACACAUUUGUGAAGUACCUGUUGAAUUUCAUCCACCAUGGGCCCACAGGCUAUGCACCAUAUUGUGCUGAACGUCUGAGACGUACCUAUGUCAAUGGAGCACGGACUGAACCUCCGAGCUGGCUGGAACUUCAGGCAACAAAGCAGAAGAAACCCAUUAUGUUUAAUGUCACCCUGAUGAACGGCCAAAGCAUCACUGUCCCUGCAGACUCUGCUUCCAUUGCCAAAGAGAUCUGUCAGUUCAUAGCAGAUAAAACCAAACUGAAGGAUGUGUUUGGUUUUUCGCUCUACAUUGCUGUCUUUGAUAAGGUCUGGUCACUGGGUGGGGGACGAGAUCAUGUCCUGGAUGCCAUCUCUCAGUGUGAACAGCUAGCAAAGGAGCGGGGCACACAUGAACGCAAUGCGCCCUGGCGGCUCUACUUCCGGAAGGAAAUCUUCACCCCCUGGCACAACUCCCAGGAGGAUCCUAUCAGCACUGAUCUCAUUUACCACCAAGUCAUUCGUGGCCUCCGGUUUGGAGAGUACCGUUGUGAGAAGGAGGAGGAUUUGGUGGAGAUAGGUGCAAAAUAUUGUUACAUCCAGUUUGGAGAUUCCAUCCACAAUGAACUUGUGCAGAAGGUGCUCCAUGACUGUAUCCCAGUGAAACAGCUGAAGUCCAAGCCCCUGGAAAAGUGGGUGAGCCUUAUAACCUAUGCACAUGCUAAGGCCCCAUACACACAGGACCGUCUCUCCCGUCAGACUGUGAAGGAACAACUUGUAGAUUUUGCUCGCUUUCAGUGGCCUUUGCUUUUUUCCCGAUUCUUUGAAGUCACUAAGUUUUCAGGUCCCAGCUUGCCCAAGAACCACUUUAUCGUUGCCGUAAAUUGGAAAGGUAUCUGCUUCUUGGAUGAGUCAGAAAAGCGGCUCCUUGAGCUGACCUUCCCAGAGAUAACUGGCAUCCACACCAACAGGUGAUCAUUUGGACAGAGUUGCACUCUCAUCACACUUCGUGCUGAGGAGUUUGUCCUGACAUCCGUAAACAGCGUUGUCAUUGCUGAACUGGUGGUCAUGUUCCUGGAAGGACUGAAGAAGAGAUCACGAUUCGCUGUGGCAAUGCAUGAGAAAAAAUCCCAAGAAGACCCUGCCAUCCUGUCCUUCAAGAAGGGAGACUUGCUAAUCUUCACCGAAGACAAAAGGCUGGAUGCAAACUCUGGCUGGAUCUAUGCCCAGAAUGAAAGGACAGGCAAAACAGGGAAUGUAUUUUUGGAAGAGAUCUACAUCAUUCCUUCUCUCACAAAACCCUCUAGUCAAGUACUGAGUUUGCUGACGAUGUCACCAGACCAAAGGAGGACAGCUUCACAGAACUCCUGCGUGGAUGAACCUGAUGAAGAGGAUCUCAAAGUGAAGCCUUACACCCUGGAGGAGUUCUCCUAUGAACACUUCAGGACUCCCGAGAAGGAAUCCAUCAGCAAAGCUGUUCUCCAGAAAUCCCGCGGGCGCAGUCAACUGUGGGCACACUCUAAGGAGCCCUUGAAACAGCCCUUGCUGAAGAGAGUGUGCACAGACCCUGAUCUUCGGGAUUUGGCCUGUCAGGCCUUCAUUGCCAUCAUGAAAUUCAUGGGAGACUAUCCCUCAAAACAGGCACACUCCUCUGCAGAAGUCACUGACCAGAUAUUUGUAGCAGCUAUCCAGGAGGAGGUCCUGCGGGAUGAGAUUUACUGUCAGAUUAUGAAGCAACUGACUGAGAACAGAAACAGGUACAGCGUGACCAAGGGCUGGCAGCUCCUUUGGCUCUGCACUGGCCUGUUCCCACCCAGCAAGUCACUCUUGAAACAUGCCCAGAAGUUCAUGGAGACACGUCAGAAAGAAACACUGGCCCUGGAGUGCAGUCGGAGGAUUCAGACAGUGAUGAGGAGUGGCUCCAGGAAGUGGGCACCUCAUCCUGUGGAGGUCGAGGCCAUCUUACAGAACAACACUAAGAUCUCACACAAGAUUUGCUUCCCCAAUGAAACAGAACAGACAUUUGAUGUUGGAACAAACACCAAAAUCCGGACUCUGUGUCAAAACAUCGCUUCCAAAUUGCAGCUGAGCUCCUGGGAAGGUUUCAGCCUCUUUGUGAAGAUUGCAGACAAGGUGAUCAGUCAGAAUGAAGCAGACUACUUCUUUGACUCACUAAGGCAGGUGACAGACUGGAACAGGAGGAACAAACCAGGGAAAGAUGGGGCUACUAUGUCUGUGGCUUAUGAGGUGUACUUCAUGAGAAAGCUGUGGCUGAAUGUAACUCCUGGGAAGGACCUGAAAGCUGAUUCCAUUUUUCAUUACCACCAGGAGUUGCCGAAGUACCUCAGAGGCUACCACAAGUGUUCCAAGGAUGAAGCUGUCCAGCUGGCAGGCCUGAUUUAUAAAGUGCGCUUCAACAAUGACCGCACACAGCUGGCAACCAUUCCCAAAAUCCUGAAGGAGCUGGUGCCGGACAAUCUGCUCCGAGCAAUCUCACCAGAUGAGUGGAAGAAGAGCAUUACUGCAGCAUAUAGUAAACAUGAAAGAAAAACUGUGGAUGAGGCCAAGAUUGCCUUCUUGAAAAUGAUACACCGGUGGCCAACAUUUGGAUCAGCCUUCUUUGAGGUGAAGCAAACCUCGGAGCCAAAUUUCCCAGAGAUCGUGCUGAUUGCAAUCAACAAGCAAGGAGUCUCACUGAUACAUCAGAAGACAAAGGAUAUUUUAACAGUCUACCCCUUCAAUAAAAUCUCCAAUUGGAGCAGUGGGAGCACAUACUUUCACAUGACAAUAGGGAACCUGGUACGAGGAAGCCGGAUCUUAUGUGAGACAUCUCUGGGUUACAAAAUGGAUGACCUGUUAACAUCCUAUGUACACCUGCUAAUGAAUGCUGUAAACAAGCAAAAGAACCUCCCAGCCUGAGAGCAGAAAUAGAACCCAUGACCUGUAUCUGUGCCAAACUACCUGUAAUUUCAUCUCCCAGAAGACAUGCCAUUUAAAAAAUAUUAAUCUUGAUGAUCAGUCUUCUGAUCACACACUGAAUGAACUGUUGCUGAAAUAUUACCACAAGAGAAGCUCAAGUGAGCAUGUGCUUUCAAAUAUCUGUAACACUUGUCUGUCUUAGAUGUAGUAUAAGAAUUCCAUUCAGAUUUUGGAUUUAGAGAAAGUUUAGCUGGAUUUUAAUGUAAUAUGGGGGCAGGGGGCCAAGGAACCCUAAUAUGAGAGCCUCUUCUGAUAUUCUAAAUCUCCUCCAUUCUUAAAGAGAGACACACAUUAACAGUUGUCUUCCUUUUGGAAAGAAAAUGUCCCCUUGUAUAUGCUCUUACCAAAUGCAUAAAAUCCUUGAGUCUUUGCAAACAAAGGUAAUGUUAUAUUUUUCCUCCUAUUGGAAAUUCUAAGGAGUGGAGAAAUGCUUUAGUAGUAGGAUAACUGGACACCUUGAAAGGUAGAUGCUGGUUUUCAUCCUUUUAUCACUAGGUUAUGUGCUGCAAGUUACAGUACACUGACAGCCAGUUACUGUCAGAAUAUAACUGUCAUUCCUGUGUGCUGCUAAAUUAGCAGACUGUCCACUGGUUUACCAUUGCCUUGGUUAAAUUAAAUAGUUUUCUUUCUUCCACAUUUUAUAAUGCACUUGGAAACUAACAACUGCUUUCUACUAUGCAGUUUCUAGUAAGCAUAAACAAACUCUGAAAUGAGUCUGGAUUUUGUGUCCAUUACUUAGUUGCUCCUAUUUCAAGUUAUAGAUGUGCUAUUCAGUGCAAAUCAGAAUCAAAGAACUC